CCUACCUUCCACGUCACAUACCUAGAAUAGACGUCUGUUUCGCCUUUCUACAUAGCAAAUGCUACUGCAAACAGACUGCAUCAUUUGUUCGGACGAAACAAAGCAACGUAAACACCUGGUCUCACCUACCCGCCACACACCUUAAAGGAUUCAACGUGACGGGAUUCAAGCGAACGACCUGGAAGCUAGAAUAACCUUACCUUAUAAGGUAUCUCACUAGCCUGGGCGCUCGCACCCACACCAAAGAACGGCCCGAUUAAAAUCCAUAGCGAGCUAUCGCAACAGAUAUGGGAAACAUAUGCGGCAAGUCGGACGGCGACCACUUCUCCCAGCCGGGUCGCGUCCUAGGUUCCGCCCCUCCUCAACCAGAACGUUCGUCCGUCCCCGCUCAGGUCGGCGGCCCGCCUCGGACCCUAGGAGGAGCGGGAAGUCCGCCGAAGUUACCGGAUACUAGCAGCGACGCUGUCGAGGCUAGGAGACGAGCAGCUGAGGCUGCAGAGGCAAGAGCACAAGCUGCAACGUCUAAGAACGCGGGGAAGCUAGGCUCGCAACUGGCGGCGCAGAAGAAACAGACGCGCAACGAGACGCUCAAGGAAAUCAGUAAUGCUGAGAUACGACAACGAGAUGCCGACGAAGCAGCACAGUCGCGCACUCAUAAUUAGCGAGAGGUUUACGAAUCCGAUACUUCAAUUCUUGGCAUUUGUUAACUGUGCCUACUGCUCCCUAUUUUAAAGGAAGAUUCCUUCGUCCAGGUUUGCUUGUAUACGUUCUGCCCAACU